CAAAAUUCCAAAAAGGGGUCUUCCGUCUCUGAUCGUCACUUCGUGCUGCGAUCCAUUUGUGGACUUUACACAAAUUCUCCGAGCAUCAUGCAACUUUGUCUGCCGUGGGGGCUGCUCCUAGGCCUUUUAUCUCUCGCUUCUGCAGCUGCAACACACAAUGGAACUGAAGGAAUCGAUCUGUUUGAGGUCCACCUUCCUGUAGACUGGAAGGAUGCAGUUGCCAAUGGGGUAAAGUUUGUCUUCGUCAAGGCAACUGAAGGUAUCAACUACCAAAACGUACGCUUCCCCACUCAGACUGCCGGUGCACUCGCUGCAGGGAUCGUCCAUGGCGCAGUGCACUUCGCAUCUGCGGCGGAAAGCAGCGGAGCCGAUCAAGCAGACUUCUUCAUCGAACAUGGAGGGAACUGGACCGCGGAUGGACAGACGCUUCCUGGGGUGCUGGAGAUGGAAGGCAAUAUUGCAGGGAAGCUGUGCCAUGGGAUGACGCCAAUAGAAAUCACGGACUGGAUGCUUGAUUUCUCUCAGAGGUACAAGGUCCGGACGGGUCGAACGCCGAUUCUGUUCCUCUCGGCGGGCUGGUGGGCAAAGUGCGCCGGGAACAAUGCCACGUUUGGCGCGGACCAUGCAUUAUGGUUGGCGAAUUGGGCUGAGGAGAUGGGCACGUUGCCGGUAGGCUGGGAGGAGGCUACGUUCUGGCAAUAUGCUGGUUGGAGUGAAAAUGGAGGAGAGGCAAAUGUGUUUUUUGGUAGCUCCGAAGACUUAGUAAAGUUUGCAAUGGGAGCUGAUGCAUGAUUAAUGUAUAUAUGUAUCUUUCCCUGCAUCCGGCUCCACCAUGCUGGCUUGACUCUUGUCGCCUACUCGAUGCACCCGAUGCUGCGUCGUCAUCUGCC